AGUUGAGGAUGUCAGAAAAAUGACUUCUUCAUGUCAAACAUGUAAUGCCAUAAAACCUCAAUUUUUCAAGAAAUUGAAAUCUACUCUCAUAAAGGCGACACAUCCAUUUGAAAGAUUAAGCGUGGACUUCAAGGGUCCUCUUCCAUCAAAAACUAAAAACAAAUAUUUGUUGACAAUAAUUGAUGAGUACUCUAGGUUUCCGUUUGCAUACCCUUGUCCGAAUAUGAAUUCAUCAACUGUAAUUCAGUGCCUUGUGAACUUGUUUACCACAUUUAGUUUACCUUCUUAUGUACAUACUGACAAUGGAACCUCUUUCAAAUCCAGAGAGCUGCAGGAAUUCCUUCAUAAUCGAGGAGUAGCCACUUCCAUGUCAUCACCUUAUAACGCACCAGGAAAUGGCCAAAUCGAACGAGAAAAUGGUACAAUUUGGCGCACAGUGUCUCUUACAUUGAAGCAUAGAAAUUUGGAUGUAUCUGAUUGGGAAUCUGUGCUCCCAGAUUCUCUACAUUCUAUUCGAUCCCUAUUGUGCACGGCUACUAAUGAGACGCCACAUGAUAGGCUAUCAAGUGACUGAACAUUCUUCCUUUAAAAUUCAUGAUUUUACUAAAUCCAAUAGUUUAAAAUACCUAUUAAUCAGGUUAACCUCUUUUAAAGCAAAACAUUUGCACUUUUUUGCACAUUUUUUGCAAUAUCUCAAAAACUACAGGAGUUACAAACCUGAAACCGGUUUCAUUGGAUUCCUCGUCAAAUUUACAUAAGAUUGCACCCCAAUAGGUUUCAACUAUUGUAGCCAUAAGAAAAUUAUAAAAAAUAAAAAUUGAUAUAACAAUUUUGAACUUUCCGCCAUGUUUUUUCACCCAAUCCUUGGAAAUCGACAACAAUGUUAUACAUGGUUGAUCUCGUCUUGACCUCCUCUAUCGAUCUAUGUAGGUCUCAAUGCUAGAUUCCGCGGCCCAUAUACUAAAGUGCUCUCAUUUUCUCAUUUCUAUAAUUUGAAACAUUUUUCCUUGACGAAAUUAGACAUUCUCAAAUAAUUAAAAAUAGCUGAAACUUUACACUAUUUUUUCUAGAUUCUACUUUGUGUUCAAUUUUCUAGUUUUUCGAAAUUUAAUUCAAACGUGAAUAGUAUUUUACUAUUUUAUCAUUUGAUAAUAUUUACUAUUAGUAAUAAAUUCUUGGCUUUGGUAAAUUUUCUACCAAUUUUAUAUUGGCUAGGUGCUUUUAGCAAAACACCUUUUAGUAAGAUCUGUUCUACUAAAAGGGUAAAAACUUACCUUUUUUAAAAAUUUAUUAGGUACUCACAAAAUGUUUCAAAUUAUUAAUGUCAUUCUUACUAGGCCUAUUCUAUUUCUAUGUAUUCUACUAUAGGUACUAAUUUUUCCAUUCGAUAAUAUUUACUAUUAGUACCGGUAAUAAAUUCUUAACUUUGGUAAAUUCUCUAAUUAGGUAACUAUGAUGAAUAUUGGCUAUUAUUUUUACUCCUAUAAUGUUUAUCUGGAACACUGCAAGUGUAGUUGUGCAUUUAUAAAAUAGAGUUCUGUUACACUAUGAAGUAGAUCAUGUAAUAAAAUGUAUAGCAUCUGACAGUAUGCAAUUCGAAAUUCCUAGGCCUACUUCUUUUUGAACGGUAUCAUUUUAAAUUCCCUAUGAAGACCUUACAUUUUAUCUUCAUUUAAUAAUCAAUUAUUGAUAGCAAACACUCUACACUCAAUAUGGAGCAAUUCAACUUUUUAUCCAUUUGAAGCAUUUUACAAUAACGUUUUGAAGUUUGAGUUGCUAAAUCAACUUUUCUUUUCAUUUUUCGAAACGUAUUUUUUCACGGUUUUAUUUUAUUUUUACAGAUUUAUGGAUCAGAAACCAUGUUGCGUGCAAAGUUGGAGGUUUUGAGUCAUACCAACCUUGUAGAUUACAUGAAAGACAUUUAUGAAUCUCUUUCUUGUGGAACUGAAGACGUCAUAGAGCAAUUAACGCAAAGAAGAAACGAUGUCUUGAAACAAUUGGCUGAAUCAAGAGAGGAGGGAAACACCAUAAUUGAAAUUCUGAGUGACAAAAAUGUCCAUACCAUCAUGGAAACAACUAGAGAUGCUAAAUUGUUGACAAAUCAUCUGAUGAAAAAUACGCAAUUCAAAUGGGAGUACAUGGAUACCGUGUAUAAAAUGGCGAAGAUUCAGUACGAGUGCGGUGACUACGCUGGAACCAGCACCUUCCUUUACUUCUAUUUGCUUCUCAUGCCGCCAACUGAUAAGAACUACUUGAAUGUGCUGUGGGGAAAGCUGGCGUCUGAGAUCCUGGUUCAAAACUGGGACGUUGCCCUGGAGGACCUGAACAAGUUGCGCGAAUACAUGGACACGAACUCGAUGGGCUCAUCACUGCAGCUGCUGCAACAGCGCACCUGGCUCAUCCACUGGUCGCUGUUCGUCUUCUUCAACCAUACCAAGGGCCGCGACCUCAUCAUUGACAUGUUCCUCUACCGGCCCUUCUACCUCAACGCCAUCCAGACCAUGUGUCCGCACAUACUCAGGUAUCUGGCUGCCGCUGUCAUCAUCAACCGAUCGCGCCGACCUGCUCUCAAGGAUCUUGUCAAAGUCAUCCAACAGGAAUCGUAUGCGUACAAAGACCCCAUCACCGAAUUCGUCGAGCAUUUGUACGUGAAUUUUGACUUUGAAGGAGCCCGUCAAAAGUUACACGAAUGCGACGAGGUCAUUAACAGUGACUUCUUCCUUGUCGCCUGCCUUGAAGAAUUUGUCGAAAACGCCAGACUCAUGAUCUUCGAGACGUUCUGUAGAAUUCACCAGUGCAUCAGUAUAGGGAUGCUCGCUGAAAAGCUGAACAUGAAGCCAGAUGCGGCUGAGUGCUGGAUAGUGAACCUGAUCCGGCAGGCGAGACUGGAUGCCAAGAUCGACUCGAAGCUAGGCUACGUGGUGAUGGGCACCCCUCCCCUCUCGCCCUAUGAGCAACUCAUCGAGAAAAUCGAUACCCUCUCAAUGCGAUCGGACACACUGCAGGCUCUCAUUGAGCGCAAGGUGAAGGAGCAUAGACAAGAAUCGUUUAUGUACGGCUGAUAGCAUUCAAUCAAUCAAUCACUAUCAGAUUUUCUAUUGAAUUUUUCGAACCAAUAAAAUAAUAUGCUACAGAAUUA